AACGACGUGUUGUAUUCUUUACUUCCAGUCACCUUUCUCCAUCCUCAAGCAAAAAAGUUUACUUCUCCAUAAUAAAAGACUCAAAAGACGAAGAAGAAAGUUGUAGAAGAAUCAAGAAGCUUACAGAAAAAUGGUGUUGAUUGAACAAGUACAAUGGGAAGUACCAAAAGUAAACUCUUCCAAAUCUCCGGCGAAAUCUUCUCCGGCGACGGCGGCGGAAUCUGCGGCUGCGUCAGAACGUGGUUACGUGUCGGAUGGAUAUGAGACAGCGAGUGAUACAGAACUGAAUGAAUCGGAAAAUGGAAGUAAUAGGGAAUCGGAAAACGCGGUCAAUACGGCGUCGUCUUCUUCGCAGACUGAACCAAAUCAGGAAGAGCUCAAUGAGAGAGACUUGGCUCAAGCAAAUGAUGCAAAAGUUGAAGGCAAUACAUUGUUCAAGGAAGGGCUUUAUGAAGAGGCAUUGUCAAAAUAUGAGCUAGCCUUACAAGUUGCAGCAGAUAUUCCUUCGAGUACUGAAAUUCGUUCAAUAUUCCAUGCUAAUCGUGCAACUUGUUUCUCCAAGCUGGGGAAACAUGAAGAGACAGUCAAGGAAUGCACUAAAGCAUUAGAACUAAAUCCUACAUAUAUUAAGGCUCUGGUUAGAAGAGCAGAGGCACAUGAAAAGCUUGAACACUUUGAUGAGGCUAUUACUGACAUGACAAAAAUCUUGGAAUUGGAACCCUCACAUGACCAAGCUAGGAGAAGUGUGAUACGUUUAAAGCGAUUAGCUGAUGAGAAGCGAGAAAAGAUGAAAGAAGAGAUGAUUGGCAAGCUCAAAGAAAUGGGAAAUUCCAUUUUGGGCCGAUUUGGUAUGAACGUCGACAACUUCAAAGCAGUUAAAGAUCCAAAUACUGGUUCCUACUCAAUUUCAUUUCAGAAGUGAUAGAGGGAUUUUCUCACCCAAAACAGGACAUUUGGGGCAUGCAGGUUUUGAACAAUGAAUCAGUGUUGCUUUCAACUUUCAAGUAUAUAAGUUUUGGCCAUAAAUUUGAAAUUUGAUGUCUCUAAAUGUUAAAGCAGAUGACUCGUAGCUUUGGCAUUUCUACUAUUGCAUGACCAGUGGACUGUACAGAUAUGUUAUUGAACUCCGUUUAUCGUACCUAGUUUUUCAUUACAAGACAUUUUCAGAGGGCG